AUGGAUGAACAAGAAGAAUCUUGGUAUAUGGAUGAAGAUGAAGAAGAACUAUUUGAGGAGGUGGACGAAGAAAAUGGAGAUAGUGAUCUGUCGGGAAAUUAUUUAGAUGAUCUAGAAACUGUUGAAGAGGAUGAUGGUGAUUUUGAAGAUGUUUCAUUCGAGAAUGCAUUAUCCAUGAAGUCUAUAUCAUCAGAAAUAUUAUCAUGCUCCAUACCAGUUUUGAAACAAGCCUACUGGUUACUGAUUUUGAUACUUGUUUCAUGUCUUAUAUGGCGUGUUGUGCAAUUUUUACUGAACAGAUGUUUCCCUUCAAAUGGGAAAAUUAGCCGCACAUUUGUCGCAAUAAUCCUCCAUAUAUUUUCUAUUUGUCUUGGUUUGUUAGUUCUAUAUUAUGCUUCAUAUGACCUGUGGUGGAUUGUUAUUGGCCUUAUAAUAACCUUAACACUAUUAUUUACCAUAAAUAUUAACUCUGAUAUUUCUAAUUCACAUGGGGAAUAUACUAAUUGGGAAUUAUUUGUAACAAUUGGAAUUUGUUCAUCUGUUCAAUUAUACUGCGAAUUCUACAAAAAUCCUGUUAAAUGGCAUCAAAUUCGUGGCAGUAUAAUGAUAAUUAUUAUGAAAUGUAUAUCUUUUUCUAUGGAAAAUAAAAAUUUUUAUAAAACGGUCAAUAAAGAGCCUUGCUGCAUACUACUGUGGACACCAUUAUAUCGUGGAUUACUUUGGUUAUCCUAUUGUCUAUGUCCAGCUAGUUUAUUGUUUGGCCCAUGGUUUAAUCCAUUAAGAUAUGAAGAAAUGGUUAGGAACUAUGCUAUUAAUGAUAGACCUUUUUCUUUCAAAAAUACUAUGAUUUCACUUUUUCAGACAGCUAAAUUAUUUGGACUGUCUUUGUUAUAUUUAACUUAUUCGACUUGUUUCACUGAUACAUUAGCUUCGAUAUUGAAAUUGCAACCUUGGCUUCAUGCUUAUUUCGCAUCACAAAGUUUUCGUUUCAGUCAUUAUUUCACAUGUAUAUCAAGUGAAUCUUUCAUGGCAGCUUUAGGAUAUUGUGAUAAGUAUUCAAUAAAAUCAAACAAACAAGAAAAGACUAAAGAGAAGAACAAUUCAAAAGAUGUAUACAAACCUGUUAUGGUAACUCGUCCAUUGUUUAUUGAAUUUCCUCGGUCGUUAGUUGAAGUUGUUAUUUACUGGAAUUUGCCAAUGCAUACAUGGUUAAAACAAUAUGUAUACAAGCCGUUACGUCCAUAUGGACAUGUGUAUGCUAUAUUGGGAACGUAUACCGCUAGUUCAUUAUUGCAUGGCUUAAAUUUUCAACUUAGCGCUGUUUUAUUCUCUAUUGGAAUCUAUGCAUAUAUUGAAUAUGUCUUUCGGGAAAAACUGACCAAGAUUCUAGAUGCAUGUAUUGCCAGUCGUCCAUGUCCUGAAUCCUGUUGUCAUAGUAACAAGAAUUCAUUCUGGGUAUAUUGGUGUAAUGUUGCCUUCAGUUGUUUGGCUAUAUUUCAUUUGGCUUAUUUAGCUGUAAUGUUUGAUACAAGUGAACAACAAUUUCAGGGCUAUAAUAUGUGGCAUACUAUGAAUAAAUGGUACAAUCUGGGAUUUCUCAGUCAUAUUGUAGCCUUUGCAAAUUUCUUAUUUUACUUAUAUUUAUAA